UCGUGCCGCGAAGUUGCCGUCAGCACAGCGCCGACCAAAUAAUUGGCUUCACAGCAGUUGAAAUUCGUAGUGAAAGGUGAACUCCAACGGGAAAAGGACUCGCCAAGGAGCCAGCAAAGAAUUAAAGUGCAAUUACGAUCGGGAAAAUUGUGAAGCAAAAGCAAUAUCCAAGGAAAAAGUCAUACAUAUUUGGAUAAAGCUGAAGUUGGAGCUGAACUGCCAAUAAAAAAGACUGAACCGAACCGAACUGAAGACACCAACCAAGGACCAAAACGAGGAAAUGUUUUAGGAGCAAGCUGCAGCCCAAAGAGAUAAGGGAAGUGCCGCACUAACCCCCAUCAUUAGCAUAAACAUCGACCAGACGAAGUCGCAAUGUUUCUGCCCGUGAAAUCCAAUCAUUCCGGCGAGGCGAGUGGCAACAACGAAGAUGUCACCACCACCAGCAACAAUUCCACACAGACGCCCAGCGAUCUGAGCCCACCGGGACCCAAUGAGGAGGUCCUGCCCCAGGCGCAUCACCAGAAUCCGGGCCACUGCAUCGCCUCCUUUGCAGCCAUCAACCAGAUGAGGAACAAUGCGCAGCUCUGCGAUGUGCGCCUGGAAGUGGGCGGCGACACCAUCAAUGCCCAUCGAGUGGUUCUGGCUUCCGUAUCGCCCUAUUUCUAUGCGAUGUUCAACGACGACAUGCUGGAGCGCACUCAGGGAUUAGUCCGGCUGCACGACGUGGACAGCUCCGCGCUGCGGCAGCUGAUCGAUUACACCUACACCGGCGAGAUCACGAUCACCGAGCAGAACGUACAGGUGCUGCUGCCCGCCUCCGGACUGCUGCAGAUGCACUCGGUGCGGGAUGCCUGCUGCAAGUUCCUGCUGCGCCAGCUGCAUCCCUCUAACUGCUUGGGCAUCCGCAGCUUUGCAGAUGCCCACUCCUGCAAGGAGCUGCACACGCGGUCGCAUAAGUACGCCCUGCAGAACUUCCAACAGGUGGUGGGUACCGAGGAGUUCCUGCUACUACCGUUCGAGGAGGUUCGCGAGCUGAUCUCCAACAGCCAGCUGAACAUCAGCUCCGAGGAGCGAGUCUUUGCCGCCGUCAUCAAUUGGGUGAAACAUGACCUGCCCACACGAAGACUCCACAUUGCCGAGUUGAUGUCGAACGUCAGACUGCCGCUGGUGAGCAGGGAUUUCCUCAUGAGCUGCGUAGAAACGGAGACCCUUAUGCGCGAUGACUCCGAGUGCAAGGAGCUGCUGCUGGAGGCCAUGAAGUACCAUCUGCUUCCGGAGCAACGCAGCAUAAUGGGCAGCCAGCGGACCCAGGAGCGUCGUCCGGAGGGCAUGAAACCCUACGUAUUUGCGGUGGGAGGAGGCAGUCUCUUUGCCAUUCACAACGAGUGCGAGGUGUACAAUCCGCGCUCCAAUUCGUGGAGCCCAGUGGCACCAAUGUUGUGGCGACGAUCCCGAUCCGGAGUAACUUCUCUGCACAAGCAGUUGUACGUGGUCGGCGGCUACGAUGGAGUCAGUGAUCUGGCCACGGCGGAGAGCUACAAUCCUCUGACCAACAAGUGGAGCAACAUCACCCCAAUGGGUACGAAACGUAGCUGCCUGGGCAUCUGCUCAUACGAUGCCUUGAUCUACGUUUGUGGUGGUUACGAUGGCGCCUCCUGCCUGAGCAGCAUGGAGCGCUAUGAUCCACUCACUGGCAUCUGGAGCUCCUGUCCGGCGAUGAGCACAAGGAGAAGGUACUGCCGAUUGGCUGUGCUGGAGAAUUGCAUCUACAGUCUGGGCGGCUUCGAUUCCACCAACUACCAGUCAAGCGUGGAGCGGUUUGAUCCCAGAGUGGGUCGCUGGCAACCGGUGCCCAGCAUGUCGGCACGCAGGAGCAGCUGUGGCGUCGCCUCCACCGACGGGCAUCUGUAUUGCAUUGGUGGUAAUGAUGGCACCAUGUGCAUGUCUAGCGGAGAGCGAUUCAAUCUGCGCAGGAACAGCUGGGAACCCAUCGCAGCAAUGCACUCGCGAAGAUCCACCCAUGAAGUGGUCGAGGUGGAGGGCGCCCUCUUCGCCUUGGGCGGCAACGAUGGCAGCUCCUCGUUGAAUUCUGUGGAGCGAUACGAUCCGCGACUAAAUAAGUGGAGCGUGGUCAACGCCAUGGUGGCUCGACGCAGCUCCGUCGGCGCCGCCGUCCUGGAGUGCUUCCAUCUGGAGCGCGGACUGGUUCAGACGACGAACUUAUGACCCUUGGCCAGCAUAACCGAGUCCUUCGCCGCAGCUGCAGCGAGCGGCACUAGCAAUGGCAACAGCACCAUUAACGGGAUUGGAUCCGGUGGAGUCAUACCUCCGUCAUCGGGCGUGGGAGGCACUCUGACCGUUCCGAGCCGAGCGGAGGCUGCUGCCUUUACGGCCAACAUUGCUUUGAGUAGUUCCGCGCCCUCGGCAAGCUCCACGCUGCGUCGUCAUCGGAGGGACACACCCGGUCUGGCCGAGAGCCGCAGGGCCAACAGCAAUGCAAGCAGCAGUGGCAGCGAGAGCGGAAGUACCAGCGGGGCCAGCGGAUCCGGAGGAGGAAAGCCACCGGCGACGGCCUGAUCCUGGUCCAUGUCGCGUCGCUUCUAAGCCACCUAACAAUUACAAAUUAACUCACAUACAAAGCUAACCCCACGCGCCUAAUGCAGGAAUUUGAUUGUUCGAGUUCGUUAUGGAUAGACUUAAGAAUAUUUAUAUGACUUGGAGACCCCGGGCGGUGGUUCGAUUGCUCAACAUCAAGGAUGAACAUCGCAGUGGAUGCAUGCCCAUAAUACACACAUGUUUCUAGUCAAGAUCUCUCCCACACACAACUUGGGAAUGCCGCGGGGACACAACUCCUGGAGAAGCAACCUAAUCUGCCUACAAUUUACAUACAUAAACCUCUAUACACUUAAAUUAUAUACUGUAUACACUCUUAUGUACUAUUCUUAUGUAUUUUAUACACGCAAUUAAAACGAUAAGUAAGUGUUUCGUAAUCGUA